AAACAAAGCAAAACGUACCAAAAACAUUCUUUUUCCCCUGCUCUCUGUAAUAAAAAAGCAAAAAGAAGCCUUUCUCUUUCAGGUCUCUCUCUCUAGAAAAGCAGGGAAAAAAAGCUGCGUUUGGUCUUUAAGAAUGGCAGCAACUGUUACUCAAAGCUUUCAACUUUACUUGAAUUUUCAUUGUUCGAGGCUUCAGACGUGUUCCUUUGAAGAAGCUUUUCCUCUUUGAUCAUCGUUACUCACUGUGUCUCACUUAGUACACGUCCCUGUGAAAUUGACCUUGCAAUUCAUUGGGUUUGCUUUUGAUGUGUUUGUCUUGUUGGGUCUUCGAACAAUUAAGCGUUAAGAUUUGAGGCGUCCAUGUCGUCCGACAUAAGCUAAAGAUUCUAUCUUUACACUGUUCAUACGGCUUCAAACGAAGCUUUACUUCGACUCUUUAGCUGCCAAAUUGGAGAAACUUCACUCAGACUCAUGACCGCAUACAGGAACUGUAUGAAAGCAUGCCAUGUUAAAAUCUCUGUAGUUGAUCUCUCAAAUUUGAUACGAUUUCUGUGAAGGGUUUUCUUUGUGAGUCUAUUCAGCGAAGAGGGUUACGAGUAGGCGUCUGUUUGGUGUGAGGGAUGGGUAGGGAUCGUCUGCUUCUGGGGACAGUAGGACCGCCAUUAAAACCGCGAGCAGGGUUGCGGAGGGAGCAGGCAGGGAGAGGUUCUUACAGAGGAAGCUAGGCGAAAAGGCUAGGGUUUGGGUUUUGCGGAGAGUUUCUUCUAUUCUGUUUUAGUUAAUUUUGGCUAAAUAAGCAAAAACGGCCCAGUGUAGUUUGAGAGAGUUUUUUGUUUCUUUUUCUUUUUGAGGGAGAAAAUAUGGGUACUGUCCUGCAAAAUAUUCUCAGGAGCUUAUGUCUCAACACAGACUGGAACUACGCUGUCUUUUGGAGGCUCAAACAUCGCUCGCGCAUGGUGUUGACUUGGGAAGAUGCUUACCAUGACAAUUGUGAGCGUCAAGGUCAUUCAGAGAAUAAGUGCUCCAGUGAGACCCAACAAAACUUUCUUAGUGGUCCUUCACAUGACCCGGUCGGGUUAGCUGUGGCAAGAAUGUCCUACCAUGUAUAUUCUUUAGGGGAAGGGAUUGUUGGACAGGUUGCAAUUAGCGGCAAGUAUCAGUGGAUCUUUGCAGAUAAGCUUGUCAGCAGCUUGCAUUCAUCCUUCGAGGUGAUCAAGUCCAGUGAUGGUUGGCAGAGUCAGUUUUCAGCUGGUAUUAAGACCGUAGUUGUUGUAGCUAUUGUCCCUUAUGGAGUUGUACAGCUAGGCUCCCUAAAUACUGUUUUUGAAGAUGUGAAGCUGGUGGUUCAUAUCAAAGAUGCCUUUUCCGCCAUGCCAGAUUCUUCUUCGGGCCAUACCAAUAGUAGUCCAAUGCAAUGUAGUAUGAAAUCUACAUUUUCUCUGUCAGAUUUACCUCCAAAAAGUUCGGAUUCCGAGUUCCUUCUUGAUUGCAUAAGCAGUGCAGAUAAAUCUAUAGACAAAAAGGGCCCUGACCGCUGGUUGCCUGUUUCCACUUCUUACAAUACUACAGCUUUUGGCGGAAAUACUAAAUCACUUCAGCUGAGUUCAAAUGUAGCUGAUUUAGAUUAUCAAAAGCGAGUGAUAUUGGAGUCACUUAAUGAAAGGAUGUGUGAAGAGACAAAAGAUUUAGUUCUGGACUCGGAGUACUAUUUCUAUCCACAUUCAUGCAGUUCUGUUAAACACAAUAUUAACUUAUAUAACAGUGCACUUCCAGGUGAAAAUUGUGGAGUUGAUCUUCCCUACUUCUCGGAAUCCCUUGAGUCUUCUCUUUGCAAUAGAAUUACGUUAGAUAGUAUUAAUUCUUAUCGAAAUGGUGUGCUGAACACACCCGAAUCCUCAAACAUGAGACUGCAAAAAGACAAGGAGAAGUUGGAGUGUCAAAAUGAGUUGAGUCCCUUGGACACAUCAAACAUUUUUCUGAAGUUCUCUGCUGGGUGUGAGCUACAAGAAGCAUUAGGGCCAGCUUUUCUAAAAGGAGGUCGUUAUUUUGAUUGUGAAUCAGAAAAGAGUGAAGGUGGAGCCUGUGCUGGGAUGUUAGGGGGGAUGACCAGCAGCCAGUUGACAUCUGACUCUGGCUCAGAGAAUCUACUGGAAGCAGUUGUAGCCAAUGUUUGCAGCAGUGAUGUUAAAAGUGAGCAAUCAUUUUGUAAAUCGGAGCAGUCUCUAUUGACAUCUCAGAAAAUGCCAGAGGCUUCUUGCCAGAGUCAAUAUACUUUAUAUUCCAUGGGUCAUUCAACUAAUCAGCCUUCUCGCGUAGAGGAGGACACGCGGCACUGCUUGAAUACAUCAGAGUUAUGUGGUGCCUUGUCCUCCCAAGGGUUGUCAUCUGCUUGUUUAAGUUCCCGUAGUGAGCAGCUGGACAGGAAUUCAGAACCAGCUAAAAAUAACAAAAAAAGGUCCAGACCUGGUGAAAGCUCUAGGCCUAGGCCAAGGGACAGACAGCUGAUUCAAGAUCGUAUUAAGGAGCUCAGAGAGCUUGUGCCCAAUGGAUCUAAGUGCAGUAUUGAUUCAUUGCUGGAGCGUACAAUCAAGCACAUGCUCUUUCUACAGAGCAUUGCUAAGCAUGCUGACAAGCUAAAAAAUUGUGCUGAUUCAAAGUUGCAUCACAAGGGAACAGGCAUGCCAGGAUCUUCCAAUUAUGAGCAAGGGUCAAGCUGGGCAGUGGAGGUGGGAAGCCAUCUCAAAGUUUGUUCAAUUAUUGUGGAAAAUUUAAACCAAAAAGGGCAGAUGCUUGUGGAGAUGUUAUGCGAGGAAUGCAGUCAUUUUCUUGAGAUAGCUGAAGCCAUAAAAAGCUUGAAUCUGACAAUCUUAAAAGGGAUUACAGAAGCGCAUGGUGAGAAGACAUGGAUAUGUUUUGUAGUUGAGGGGCAGAAUAACAGAAUCAUGCAUAGGAUGGAUAUUUUGUGGUCUCUUGUGAAAAUUUUGCAACCUGCCUCUACAAACUAACAGCGAAGACUGGCCUACUCAUGGAGGUUGCGGUGUUGCAUUUUGGCUUGUUUGUAAAAUAUUGUGAGCUAUUUGUGUGUUUUUCAUAUGAUUUGUGUUUUAGAUUCUUGAUUGUAUUUCUUCCUUCACUUUCCCUUUCUCCAUUUCCUGAAGAGGGAGAGGGAGAGGGAGAGGGAAAGGGAAAGGGAAAGAGGGAAAGGGAAACGGAAAGAGGGAAAGGUAUCUCUCCCAGUAGCUUUUCCGUUUGUUUCUUAGUUUUCCUAUGGGAGAAUUCGUCCCCCUUGUCACGUUGGCUUUAUAAUUUGUUUGGAAGUUUGAUGCUUGAUUAAUAUAAUACAGUGUGCCUUCAGCAAAAUA